GUGCAGUCUCUUCCACACACGCUCAGGACCAAACAUCUCCACACCGCAUCUGAGAGCAGCAGCAGUUCAUUUCCAAAGGACGUAAAAGCUAUAAAGAAGAACAAGUCUGCAGCGAUGGACGUUACUCACAACUUUAUAGUGCUGACCUGCCUGCUGUUCCUUCAUCCUCUAAAGGUUGAAAAGGUGAACGGUAAAGUUCUGGAGGAGACUUAUCGAAAGUGGGUUCAGUACAAAGAAGACUGUUUCAGGACGAUAAGAAAUGAUUGCUUUUUGUUUGGCCUUCCAGCGGGCUUGUUCUGUAACCGGACGUUUGACAGGUAUGCCUGCUGGCCAGACACUCCUGCUGGUGUUAUGAUCAACAUCUCAUGCCCUUUCUACCUGCCCUGGUAUGACAAAGUGUCCCAGGGUGUUGUGCGUAGGCGAUGUGGAUAUGAUGGCCACUGGGAGAGAGAGGACAACGGACAGGUGUGGAGGGAUAUGACACAAUGUGAGGAGGAAAAAGAGGUUGCGUCUCAGGAGCUGUGGUUCAAACAGUUAAUGGUGAGCUUCAAGAUGCUGUACACUGUUGGCUAUUCCUUGUCCCUCUUCACGCUUAUAACAGCUCUCAUCGUUCUUCUAAGCUUUAGGAGACUGCAUUGCACCAGAAACUACAUUCACGCUAACCUCUUCCUGUCCUUCAUCCUGCGAGCUGUAGCGGUCAUUGUUAAAGACACAAUGUUGGAACAUCACUGGGGAAGAGAAAUCAUGAAGCCGACUGAUGUGAGUGAGAUGCUCAGUCAUCAGGCUGCUGUUGGUUGCAGGAUAGCACAGGUGAUCAUGCAGUACUGUGUCCUGGCCAAUCAUUAUUGGUUCUUUGGAGAGGCUAUUUAUCUGUACUCAGUGCUUAUUGCUUCAGUCUUCAUUGACAGCAACAAAUACCUACUUUACAUCUAUCUCGGUUGGGGAACUCCACUGUUGUUCGUUGUUCCCUGGGUGGUGGUGAAGAUGUUGAAAGAAAACAAAGAGUGUUGGGCUGUCAAUGAGAAUAUGAACUACUGGUGGAUUAUUCGUUUCCCGGUUCUUUUAGCUUCACUUAUAAAUUUUCUGAUUUUCAUGAAGAUCCUGAAGGUCAUAUUUUCCAAAUUGCGAGCCAGCAACCCAACUCAUUACCCCGAUUACAAACUUCGGCUCGCCAAGGCAACUCUUACCCUCAUUCCUCUGUUUGGAAUUCAUGAGGUGAUUUUCGUCUUUGCUACAGAUGAGCAGACGACAGGCGUUCUGCGCUACAUCAAAGUGUUCUUCACACUUUUUAUCAGUUCCUUUCAGGGAUUUCUCGUGGCUGUGCUCUACUGCUUUGGCAAUAAAGAGGUGCAGGCAGAGCUAAAGAGGAAGGUGGGCAGCUGGAGAAUGGGGACAGAGACUGUAUGCUGUGGACAGUGACUAGCUGUGCUGGAUCCUCGAGAAGACAAUUUUUCCAUCGCCACAGUGCCACAGCGCAAUGGAUCCUUUGUGUCAGCAAGUCGACCGGUGCCUGAUUGUUCCCUGAGUCCUGGUAGUUCACACAUUUUGAGGUGUCAGCUGCCACCAAACUCUCCACAACCACAUGCUUCUUUACAGCACUUUCCAUCAGAGUUAGAGAAGGACAACAUCCAAAGCCAUGUGGAUCAGGAUGCAAUUGGAUUGGACAAGUCGCAGGGAAUGCAGGUGUCCUUCCUCAUUCAUCUUAAAGACCCUGUGGAGCUACUCCCACAUGUUGUGAAUACAGAUUCAGACUGAAUGCAGCCUUGCGUUCAUUGUACAUUUCAUUUUCAGUGAAUAGUAAAUGAACUGGUACUUAUAAAACACUUAUCCACUGAACAGCAAUUAUUAUAAGCUACAUUCACCUACUCACUGACACAUUCAUACAGCACGUUCUAAAUAUCACAUACACACACUUACACUCGGAUGGAUGCAUCAGGAGCAAUGUGGGGUUUGGUAUUUUGCCCAAGGACACUUUGUGCACUCGAGGUGCCAGGGAUUGAACCACCUACUGUUAGAUAAUCCAAAAAACCUCCUGAGUAACAGCUGGACACUACUUAGCAUAGUUUGAAUGUUUAAAACUUGAAUAUGAGGAUGCACAAACAGGUGACAGCGACAAGUUAAAACAUGAGAUAUAACAUGAGAAAUGAGUGUUAUAAGCAGCAUAAGGAUUUAAUGAAUAUUUGUUUUUAUUGACUCUUUUAACGUGUGAAUAAAGCGGCUCUACUAAAAAGUUCAUACAUCAGCCAAGCAAAUAGAUUUGUUUAUGGGUUUAUGUGACCUCCUUUCUUCUUCUUUUGGCUGCUUUACUUGUCGCCACAGCGGAUCAUCAGCCUUCAUCUCACCCUGUCCUUACCAUCCUCCUCUGUCACACCAACCCUCUGCAUGUCCUCCUUCACUCCAUCUAUAAGCCUUGUCUGUGGUCUUCAUCUUCAUCUCCAUCUUCAGCAUCCUUUGUGCAUGUCCAGACCAUCUCAGGCUUGCCUCUCUAAUUUUGUCUCACGUCUUUUUGGAAGUACCACCAUCUUCAAAUCAUAUAUCAUAGCUCUCACUCAGGUCUCAUUACCAUCUUGCAAAUCUUCCCUUUCACUCUUUACACUUGUGACACUCAUCUCCACCUGCUUUUCCCUGCCUGCAAUCUCUU